GACGUGAGGACCCUCCAGCUGAUCUGGAUUUUGAUCCCCAGCGGUGAUGUUGUCUGCUGUCAUGCUGGUUGCGGCAUUGUUUUCAGUCCCUGUGAUCGUGUUGAUCGCCAACACGACGAAAAUUUUUAAGAAACGGAGAAAUAAGAAAGUUAUUUCUGUCUUUACGAGGUACCCCACCCCCGGGGUGACAAAAACUCGCCUGAUACCAUGUUUAGGAAAAGAAGGUGCAGCAUAUGCACAACGAAGAAUGACAGUACACAUUUUGGAGCGUUUGAGUGAGUACUGCAGAAAGCAUAAAGACACAGACCUGGCAGUAUGGUAUAAUGGAUCCACGAAGGAAAACAUGAAAUACUGGCUGACCCCUAAAUCAGGGGGAUAUGAUUUUAUGUACUUCUAUCAGCAACCACCAGGUGGCCUCGGAGAGAAGUUAAGGGAGGCUACUCUGUCUGCAUUCAGGGGAGAGAAAGAGUAUGUUGUUAUUGUAGGUUCAGACAUCCCUGGACUGGAUGCUAGUGUAAUGGAGGAGGCUUUUGAGACUCUUGAGGGCGGGGCGGAGAUGGUCCUGGGACAGGCAGAGGAUGGGGGAUACUACUUGGUGGGUUUCUCCAAAGAGGCAGCUUACAAAAUAGGAGAUGUAUUUGAGGGGAUAGAUUGGGGGACAGAGAAGGUCUUUCAGCAGCAGUGUGACAGAGCUAAACAACUGGGCAUCAGUCUGCUUAUUCUCUACACAAAACUCUCAGAUGUGGACUUAGAGGAAGAUCUUCCUGUUUUGGAGGAGGCACUAAAGAUCCAGCGUAAGGAGCUGACAGACAGGAAGUGGAGCGUGAUCAUACCUACGAUGAACGAAGAAGAUAAUAUUGUUAACACACUACAGACUCUCUGUCAGAACUGCAGCGAUGAGUCUAAGAUCCAGGAGAUCAUUGUUAGUGAUGGAGGAAGUAAGGACAACACAGUCAGAAAGGUCAAGGACUUCUCUCUGAAGGUCAACAUUUCUGUCAAGGUCAUCAACAGUCAGCCAGGGAGAGGUUUCCAGCAGAAGUCAGGGGCAGAAGUAGCCACAGGGGAUUUACUGUUAUUUCUCCAUAGCGACACUCUGUUACCACGGAACUUUGAUAACUCUGCGGAGUUAUGUCUAAAAACUCCAGGGAACGUAGCCGGCUCCUUUGUCUGGAGUGUAGACCUUGACAGUAAAGACAGUUGGUUUUUCAAGCUUCAAAUGAAAUUUGUGGAAUAUUUAACCAACAGAAGAAUAGAAAACUUUGAAUAUCCAUUUGGAGACAAUGCAAUAUUCACAACUCGUCACAUGUACAACAAAAUCGGAGGGUUUAAAGAAGUCUAUUUAUUGGAGGAUGUUCUAUUGGUUAAGGAACUCUGGAGGAUGGGACAUAUAGGUAUAGCACCAGGUGACCCUGUCAUUACUAGUGCUCGCAGGUGGAGAAAAUGGGGCCUCAUAAGGAUCACAGGGUUAAAUCGAGUGAUUCUGCAGGCUCAUUAUCUUGGUGUCUCCACGGAAACCCUGGCGCUAUGGUAUUAUGGAGACAAACUGAGAUCUGUCAUGGCUGCCAACAAAAAGAAGUCUGAAUGAAUGAAGAAUAUAAAAAAUUUUCCUGAUUUAAGAACUUGAAAGUGUAAUAUUUGAAACUAUAUGAAGAUCAUGAGCAAGUGGUCAAAAUCACAACAGGAAAUGGAUUAGUUUUAAAAAUUUGUUUCUGAAUCCUUUUUGAUUUUCCUGCCCGUACGAAAUUUUAGUCACGUAUUUUCAAAAAAUAUCCAGGCAUAUUACAAUCUUAAAAUCCUGGUGGAUUCUCCAUUAAAAUGAAUACAUAAAAGCAGGCGUAUAAAGUGAAAUAC